AAUCAAAGUCACGUGAUAGCAUCGGGUAACAGUAAGCUCAAAGUGUCGCUGGAGCUUGUGCUUAUCGCUGGGGUUUAGCAGAAGUUGUGGUAUGUUGUUCUCUGCCUGCUAUGUUUCUUUUAAAAUGUCUGUGCUGGUAUAUGCAUGCGUAUUUUAAUUAGUCGUAAUAGUUCGCGUUAACGUAGUCGUAUUUACGGCAGUCUGGAAACGACUCUCUUUUUGCAUUGUACGUCCAUCGUCAGUUUCUCUCAAGAGAAAAUAAAGUGACAAGAGUUAAAGCGUAAAAUAUAUUUUCCUCGCUUUGUGACCUGACAUCUGUACGUGUGUUAUUGGGUCAAUCAGUAUUCCUGUAUAUUUUCUUUUGUCACGUAUAAUAUAUAAGUGCGUUUGUUUAUAUUUAUUUGCCUAUUUGUGAUAAUCACGUGUAUAAUCAUAUACUUUGGAUAAAUGAGUUCGUGGUUUUAUGUGUGUAUGGAUGUUUUAAAAUUUAAUAUUUCAUUGAAGUUUGUUGUCACUUUGAAUUAAUGAAAGUAUUAUUAUGGCCCGGUAAAAUAGCAAGUCGCAGGUUGCCGUAGUCCGCGUUAUGGUUAUUGCUGUUGUGGUUUAAGUACUGAUCCUGUCAACUGGUGACAGGCGCGUUCCUGCGGGAAGGACUCGCUUCUUUUUGCAGAAGACGGAAACAGGUUUGUUAAGUUUGGCGAACGAAAUAAAAUGAAAGAGAAAAUGAAUCUGCCACCGCCACACAUCUGCAAAUAUACGUAAACACUGGCGCGCUUGUCACAAGUUAACACCUUUUAAACCCUAAUUCCAAUGUGCAUUUUCAUCGUCGCCUCGUAGGAACUUAGACGACAUAGUUGGAUGCUUUUCAUGUAUCACGGAAUAUAUCAUUUAUUAGCCCCUUUAUGUACUAGAACGACUUUCUGCCACAGUGAAAACAACGCCAAUACUUGAUUUAUUUAACAGGACAGCGACUGGAAAUCUGUAAGUCCUCCCGGUAUAAAAAGGGAGUGACGCUGGAAAAAUGGCAUUUGAAGAAGAUGGUUUUCCUCCACCCAGCGUGUUCACCAUGGAGUACUCCUCCUGGGCCGUGCGCUAUGCCUUGAUUGGUGUGGGUUUCACGUUUUACAGUGUGGUAUUCCUCCUUUCCCACAUCGUCUCGGCCACCUGCUUCCAGACGUACAGCCUCCUGUUCCCUAAGGAGAAGGUGUUCUGGAAUCUGGCGGCUACACGGGCUGUGUUUGGUGUCCAGAGCACGAUCGCCGGGCUUUGGACACUCACGCAGGACAGCGCCUUGUCUGCAGACAAGGUGGCCGGCCAGGAGGACUGGUCCUGGUUUAACAUCCUGACCGCCACGGGCUUCUUCCUGUUCGAGAAUGUAGCGCUGCACGGCUCCAACAUGGUUUUCAGAACCUUGGACCUACCCCUGGCCACACACCACUUCUUCGCCUUGGCUGGGUAUGUGGGGGCUGUGGUGUGGGACUCUGUGGGUCACUUCCUCCCCAUGGUGACGCUUCUCCUGGAGAUGAGCACCCCAUUCACCUGCAUCUCCUGGAUGUUCCUCAAGGCCGGCUGGGCCCACACACUGUUCUGGAAGGCCAACCAGUGGAUGAUGAUCCACAUGUUUCACUGUCGCAUGGUGCUGACUUACUACAUAUGGUGGGUGAGCUGGUGUCACUGGGACGGCAUCACGCUCAACGUGGCCCUCCCCCACCGCCUGCUCUUUUUCACCGGCCUGGCCCUGCUCACUGUCUUAAUCAAUCCCAUCUGGACACACAAGAAGACCAUGCAGCUUCUCACACCAGUUGACUGGAACUUCAGGGGAGAACCAAACCAUAAGUCCAACAAGCCCCAUUCCAGUUAGUGUGGCCAGGAAGUAAGGAAGCCUUUAGCCUGUCUGUGAAGGCUUCUUAGCGAGUCUGCACUGCACCUGUAAGCUGUCGGUGUGUUUUAUUUUUGACGUGAGUUUAUCUUGGAUUCAGAAGCCAGUUAUUUGCAUGACGGAUAUCUGGGUUUUCAACUUCUGUGUUUUCGGACGGUGUUCAGGUUAUAACAUGCAAGCACAUUUGCACAGUUAGCCACGCAGCAGCAACGUAAAGGAUGUCACGUUCACCACCAAGUGUUGAACAAAGCAUCCGGUUUUUGUUAGGGUAUGAGUAUCUGUGGGAGGCAUUUUCGGCUGGGUUUUGGCUCCUGAGUAUCCGCCUCGUAGAAAAGCCUUUUCUCUUUCUAUUUAAACGUAAAUGGCAUCAUUUUUCAGUGCCCUGUCAUAUUGAUGACCUCGCGAUGCCCCUUUCGAUGUCAUUCUGUUGUGCUCAGCUCAUCUUAAUUCUUAACUGAACAUGCCCUUCGACUUCUUCCUUCAAAGGAUAUUUCAACUUGCAUUUGACCAACGAAACGGAAAAAGAGGAAACGAAAAAAAACCAUCUGCUGAAUGAAUUCUAUAACCACAGCCUUUGUUAUUGCAUGGGCCUGAUAUUGAUUGUGUGAAUCUGCUGUUGUUUUGCACUUGAAUUAUUGGGCUGUCAUAUAGAAAGGUUGGGAAGUAUUGGGACACUGGCUAUUACACCCACAGGAACAAGUUAUACCAAGACAUCUUGCAGCUGUUAAAGCUGAAAAGGGGGACCGUCUCCAUAAUUAUUGACACGUAUGUAUUUAGAAUGGGACGUCAUAAAAGUUCCUGUGGGUGUAAUGGCCAGGUGUCCCAGUACUUUUGUCCGUAUAGUGUAGAUUUUUGAGCAGAGGUGUGCAGUUUAAUUCACUGGUGUUUCUGUGCAUGUUUUGGUUUCAUACGGUGCUUUUGCUAAAUUUAUCAAAGAACAAGGACUGAUUUUGCUGUAACCCAAAGCCGCCAUGUGAUUUAAAAGAGGAAGAACUCGACGAUGGACCCUUCCUGGUGACUGCUGCUGGCUGCAGCACAUGUCACAUCUUUUGACUGCAAGGUGAUAUUUGUCAUAUUAAAGGUCAGUAAUUGUUCUUUUUUCACUGAUUGUUAUUGUGUUACCAUGUAUUGUCUAUGUCAUGGCAAAUACCCCCAGUAUUCUUACCAGAUGUUACUUACACAAGGGACAUGAGAGGAACCAUGCUAUAGAUUGCAGGCCGCCCCCCGCUCCAUCAGUACGAAGCCGCGCACUUGCUUCAUUGUGGUGUUCCGCACGCAGGGAAAGUGCGUGCUCUGAGAGGGGAAUCUCCCCAGUAUAGAAGGCUACGCUUGUCUGCAGCGUAAACACACUCGCCCGCGGCUGGCAUGAGAAGCUGUGGGGUGUGUCCUGAAGGCACAGCUCUGGGCUGCUAAACGCUUCGGGUUCACCUGAGAUCCCCUUCUGUUGUUAAAAUGCUCAGUUUUUGUGUGUCUUUGUAAAUGUAGAAGUGUAGAAUGCCCCCCCCCCCCAUUGUUUGGCUGACAUUCUUUAGUUCUGAUCCCCUUUGUUGUUUUUUGUUUUUUUAUGCUAAACUUGAAGUAAACAAAGUUCUAUUCUGCCUAUGUAUGGUAAAUGGAUUGUAUAACAAGGAAUUUAAGGUAUAGCUACUGAUCUUCCGCACUCACUAGCCACCUCCCUUGAAUGCCUCUUUGUUUUUCAGUAAACUGAUUCCUUUGUGAGUCAAAUUGUGUUUUACUUAAAGGACCACAGCGAAUUUAGUACAAUACUCUCUGGCUGUUAAAACAAGAACUAAAAGUCUGGUUGAACUUCACACCAAUAUAUUCACUGGCAGUAUACUUACCAUGAGUAAUAAUCGAAAUGUACAAAUUUUUUUAUGAUACUCAUAAAAUUCAUUCAUAUAAGUCUUUCAGUUGUAGUGAGUGUGAAAUGUUUGAGAUUUUAAUUACCUGUGGUCAAGGGCAUAGCUUUUGGUUGAGCAUUUGGGGGGGUUGUUUUGGCUGGUUUUGAUUAUUGGGGGGGGGGGGGGGGUGGUGGUAGCAACACAUUAAGUAAUAAUACCGCAGUAUGUAAUAGCUCAAUAGAAUGUAACAAAUUGAAUGAUGGUAAUAAUUAAGAAUAACAAUAGGGCGAUGUCGCAAUAUAAAAUUAUGAUAUUGUCUAUAGCUUCGUAACAUUUUGUCCAGUUAUUACACAAUGCUGCACGGUGUGUGACAGCCCAUAAUGUAAUAACAUCAUAUUGUGUGAUUACAUUUUGUAGAGUUGUUACAUGAUGUGGUGUAUCAGUGGGUCACAACACGCAUGGCCCCCCAUAAUUAUACCCAUGCCUGUGGUAAUCUGAUAAUUAAAUCUCCUGUGAACAGUUUACAUGCAUUGCUUUAAUGGCUGCCUUUUAAAAUCUUCCAUGUUCUAGGCAUACUGCACAGCACUGUAAUAAUAUGGUAAAAAUCUCCAUUAAGGUGUGUAAUAAAAAAUGUAAUUUUGAA